CUGCUUGAAACCACCGCUCCUUUUGUUCCUUUCCCUUCCAGUUCCCUCACAUUCACUUCACUGCUCUGGUCAGCACUUCUUUCGAUUGGAUAAACUUGCAGUUUGCAGAGCAACAAUGGCUAUGGCGUGCAUUUCGAGCGCGAUUUCGCUUAAGCAAGGCCUUUCCCUCUUCUGUCCUCACUCCAUUGCGGUUCCUCAAUUUUCGCACCCUUCUUCCGUUGCUGCCUCCGCGCGUUUGCGAAGAAGAUUUUCUGUGUCGGCUUCGUCCUUCGCCAAUGAAAAUCGAGAAUUUGUGAUAGUUGGAGGCAGAAAUGCAGCUGGUUAUGCCGCUCGGACUUUUGUGGAGCAUGGAAUGGCAGAUGGCAGGCUUUGCAUUGUGUCCAAAGAGGUAGCCCCUUGUUCCAUGGAUUGAACAAAUGGAUGGCUAAUCUAAUGUAUGAGCUUUAAUUGGUCUCUUUAUGUAGUAUGUGGUACUGGAAUUGUCGAAGUACAUUGGUACGGUGUUGUAAGUAUGUGUCAACAGUUCAGUUUA